AUGGCUCCCAAGCAGCAGCCGGAUCGGCACCCCAAGCCCGCACACCUCCGACCUUACCACACACUCCUCCUCUCUUUUGCGGCAUGGAAGCUCUUCCUCUUUGCCGUCACUCUGGGCAGCCUCCUCGUUGGCGAGGCGUACGACACGUCUGCAGGGCUGGUCGUGCAGGGACCCGGAAGCGGCGGUAACCACAGUGUCAGCAGGCUGAUCGCCCGGCUGACCAGCUGGGAUGCCAUCUAUUUUGUCAGCAUUUCGCGCCGAGGCUGCCGGUUUGAGCAGGACUGGGCUUUUUGCGGAGGUUUGCCUGUUGUUGUACGGGGGUUCGUGAAAGGUCUGGAGUAUCUCGGAUUUUCCAGCCCGUCCGUCUCCGAUGGGGGUGCCGUUCCUGAAGCACUGGCGGGCAUCCUCAUCGCCAACACGGCUCACCUGCUCUCGGCCCUCGUGCUCUACCGCCUAGGCCAAGUCAUCUGGCGAGACCAGAUUCUAUCCUUGGUGUCUGCAAUCAUGCACAUCAUCUCCCCCGCCGGCCUGUUCCUCUCAGUCCCCUACGCCGAGACCUCCUUUGCUCUGCUUUCCUUCUCAGGCUACCUGCUUCUCGCCCUGAGCUGCCGGGCCGAACAGCGCCCCCUAUACCGCGACCUCUACACGGUUUUGGCCGGCAUUCUCUUUGGCUUCGCCACCGCCUUCCGGAGUAAUGGCAUCCUGAACGGCAUCCCCUUCGCCUGGGAAGUCCUGCGGCACCUGCCGAAGCUGUCCCAACGUCCCACCGACACGCUGCGUCAGCUGUUGGCUCUUGGCGUGGGUGGAGUUUUUGUGGCGGCAGGGUCGCUUGGUCCGCAGGCGGUCGCCUAUUCGCGCUUCUGCUCCGGCACAUCCGGAGCGCCGCUCAGGCCCUGGUGCCAGGGAUAUUUCCCAAGCAUUUACACCUUUGUUCAGCAGCAUUACUGGAACGUCGGCUUCCUCCGUUACUGGGCUCUGUCGAACCUCCCGCUCUUCCUGCUCGCCACCCCGAUGUUGAUGAUCCUACUGAAGUCCGGGGUGGAGCAGCUGAGCGGUCGCCCUCGUCCUGUCGCCGACAAACCCGCCGAGUCGGCGAGAUUGCUUUCCCUUGUCCAAUCUGCCGCCGUCGCCCAAAUCUUGCUGGCUGUGCUGGCCCUGACCAGCUACCAUGUUCAGAUCAUCACCAGGAUAUCCACAGGGUAUCCAGUGUGGUGUUGGUGGGUUGCUGCCUCCCUCAUUCGCGGCGACAAGACGGGAACACGCAUCCUCAUGUUCAUGGUCAUCUACGCCUCGAUUCAAGGAGCGCUGUUCACUUCCUUUCUCCCCCCGGCAUGA